UCUCUCUAUCUGUCUAUCUCUAUCUCUCCCUCUCUCUCGCUCUCUCUCUCUCUCUCUCUCUCUCUCUCUCUCUCUCCUGGCCACACGGUCACUCUCUCCUGGUCUUGCCGGCAGUGUCUCUACUACCAACAUCGAACUGGAUUCUAUCGAAAAGAAACGAUUCGGAGGAUAGUCGCGAGCGAUCAUAGCUGGCGCGCCGAUCGGAUCUACGGUUCCGACGGUUCCUACGGUUUACAUUCUUUCAUAUCUCCGAGGAGCCGAGCUCUGCCUUUCAAGAGCGGACGUAUCCUCGCACGAGAGCGCGCGCUGUGCAGUGAAGUGACUGUUCUCGCAUUUACGCGCGGGGGGGGGUGGUGGGAAACGUUCUCCGUUUCUGAGGAGACCACGCGCCGGAAAACUGGUCGGUGAAGUGAUAGUGCGCGAGUGUACCAGGGCGCCUUCAGGUCCGAGUACAGUCGGGUUCAUGACGGACCGUUAAUACACGCGGGGAAUACAGCAGCAGCUGGAGGAUCGAAAAAUCUGGAAAUAACGUGGUCCUUGGAAAAAAAAUUAUUUUUCUCUUCCUUUCGUUAUCUCGAUCUCCUCGCAACAACCCUGGACCCCUGUACGCGCCACGACUGAUCUCGUCCCUCGAUUACGACCCCCGCAAUAUUUUUGCGGGUCAGUGUCCGUGAAGUGAUUAACCAGUGACUGUGAACGGAGUGUCGAAAGAUGCUCGCGUAGCGGAGCCCUAAAAUCACGGCCCUGAGCGGCCGACACAACAUGUCACAGUUCUCCUUCCGAGGAUCGCCAAAUUUGCAGUGUCCUGUGACAGCAAGCUCAUCGCUAGCGUCGACCUCGCCAUCGCCGGCUUCCGCGCCCAUCCUCAGUGCCGGAAGCGUCUCGUCUUUGGGGAGCGCAGCUGGUACCACUCCCCUGGGCACCCCGUUGCAGAGCGUCAGGAUGGCCGUGACCAGUGCCGUAGUGCGACCACCUGGGAGCCCGACCACCUCGGUCAGUCCAUCCCAGCCCCAUCCACCCCCGUCCGCCGGCGGACCUCCUGGUGGAAGAUGCUGCGACACCGGCAGACCCAUCUUCACCGAUCCUCUCACCGGGCAGACCGUCUGCUCCUGUCAGUACGAACUUCUCGGUGGGUACCAACGACUCGGAGGUCUUCCGACUGCUGCACUCUCCAUGUACAGUGCACCCUACGCCGCGGCUGCAGCGGCCGCAGCAUCCGAGGGGAUGGCUGCCUACUUCCCGGCCCUGGGGGCCGAGCAGGCACCCUUCUAUACGCCGACGGCCGCAGGACUCGAUCUGAAGGAAAACCUCGGUGCGGGUGCAGCAGCAGCAUGGCCGUACCCGUCAGUCUACCACCCCUACGACGCAGCCUUCGCAAGUUAUCCCUUCAACGGAUACGGCAUGGACCUGAACGGCGCCAGGAGGAAGAACGCCACGAGGGAAACGACGAGCACCCUCAAAGCGUGGCUGAACGAGCACAAGAAGAAUCCCUAUCCCACCAAGGGCGAGAAGAUCAUGCUGGCCAUCAUCACCAAGAUGACCCUGACCCAGGUCUCCACGUGGUUCGCGAACGCCCGCCGGAGGUUGAAGAAGGAGAAUAAGAUGACGUGGGAGCCGAGGAACAGAGUCGAGGACGAAGACAAUAACAACGAGGACGACGACAGCGGCAGGAAGAGCGUGGACGAGAAGGAUCGACUAGACUCAAAGGACUCGGGUACGGGAUCCAGCGAGGACGGAGAGCGACCUGCACACAGACUGGACCUUCUCCACGGCAGCGGGGGCGUACCGGCAGGUCUUCAGGGUAGAACCGAGAGCGAAUGGAGCGAGUCAAGGGCGGACAGUGGUCCAGACAGCCCGGAGUGUCUGUACGAUCAGCGGGAGCCAAGGCAUCCCCUUCAGCUGCAGCACCCAGCCUAUCUGGCACCCUCUCAUGCCAGACUUCUACAUCAUCCACCGCCCCAGAGUACCUCGCCAAGUAGCCAUCACUUGCCACCCAGCACCAGUGCAUCAUCCACGGGUAGCACGACCAAGCCGAGGAUCUGGUCCCUGGCGGACAUGGCCAGCAAGGAUGGCGACCAUCAUAGUCCUAAUCCCACGAUGACUGGUCUGCCCUCGCCGUACGGGGCUGGCGGAGGAGGCGGCGGGGCACCUGGGAAGCUCGUGAGCCCCCUGGCCAGUCGACUUCCGCCUCAUCAUCCGCUUCAUCCUGCCAUGCACCCCGGCUCCCAGUUCGUCAGACCUCAUCCGGACUUCUACAGGAAUUUCUAUGGCGCGUCGCAUCUUGGCUCCGGUGACAUGUCCCUCCUGGAGACCUAUUCCAGGACCCUCGGCGGACUCGGUGGCGUGAUGCCACCAUCCAGUGCACCCAAUAUACUGACUUCCUCCUCGUCCUCGUCCUCGGGCACGGCCAAGCCCUUCUCCAUCAACGGCGGCAGCAUCGGCGGACCCGUUCUGCUCACGACCGCCAACUCGGGCGUCUCGCCGAGCUCCUCCUCGACGGCGUCCUCCGGGGGAUCGGAACAGUCGCCCCAUCCUGGCGGCAAUAACCUGCCGCCCUCGGAGCUCAAGUCUCCGGGACGAGUGUGAUUUCGGCCUUGGUAUCCUCGAGGAUCAUCCGGGCACGAGGCGUGUGGCUGACAAUAAGAGACUACAACUUUGUAAUUAGUGUACAGAGAAUGAGAGCGUGAACGAAUCUGAAUUUCAUGAUUGCUUCACCUGUCCUUAUACCUUCCCGCUCCCUUGCACCCCUUCCUCGUCCCUACUGCUAUUCCUGGAUCCUCGUGGAAAAACCCUCAUCCAUCCCCCCCACCUCAUCCUGAUCCGAGAUACAGUAACGGCGAGAUGUGAAAAUCCGUAGCCUAUAUACCUGACUAUCUUAUAGCUAUUGUUAUUAUGAUAACAACCUAGUGUCGACUUGAAAUUAAUAUUAUAUAAAUAUUAUACAUAUAAUUAUUAAUUAUUUAUGCGUUUGUAAAUAGUAGCGAUUACCGGCCGUGCCUGCCGCCGGCAGUGUAUAUGUAUUGUACGUAGAGUAGCCACAAUAUUAUUAUUAUAUCUGAAUCAUAAUUCAUACUAAUGAUUAUUAUUGUUAUUGCAAUGUUUAUAAUAUAACUGAUUACGUCGACUCAGUCGCUCAUCACGAGGUAUGAGUUAGUAAGUGCCAGGAGAUUGCGAGAUGGAUCAUCCCCGUAUAAUUUUUUUUCUUUUUUUUCUAAACCAAAAAUCGCGUGUCGUAAACAUCGAUUGAAAGAGGUUUAGUCUAACUCUUUAUUUUUGACAGCAUAGAGAUUUUCAUUAAAAAAAAAAAAGUACAAGCCCACCUUUCACCUCUCUGUUCCAAGAACGGAUCUCACGAGGAUCAUAAAUUUUAUCCGAGAAUAACGAAGAUCGAUUUUGAAAAUCUCGCAAUCCGCCGUGGUUCAAACAUCGUACUUCCCGUUGCGUCCGACCGUGUCGCAUAAUUCCUAAAUUUUGGUUAAAACCGGAAGUCGUGCGCGUACGUAGCGCCGAAGCUUUAGUACGUUAAGAAAUAAAAAAAAGAGCAAGCAGAGAAAGCGAAGGAAGGCGGAGGAAGAUGUAAGGAAAAAGAGAGAAUGUAUAAGAGAGGAGAAAAAAGAGUGGCCGUGACGCAACGGCCGAUCCAGCACAUAUCACGUCGCGUCGAGAAUUGAAAACGAAUCCUCGCCAUUUCUUUUAGUCACUGGUAUGUCCAAAGUUUCACGUACGAUUUCACCGAUGCCACAUUGGCACUCGGUGCCCGACGGCCUGUGUCUUUUUUUUCCGCAAUAAACGAAUCAUUACGAGAUAAACGA